UCUCUAUCGUCUUCACUUCAAAUCACCAUUACUCUCUCUCUUGGUAUAUCCAAUUGAUUUGCCAUGUCUUAUUCUCGGCUCCCCAACGAGAUCAUCGUCCAGUUUGUCACUCUCGUGGCCUCAUCCGACAUAGACAAUUUCGCGCGUGUCGACAGACGCACAUACGCUCUCUCCCUCGAUCGACUCAGACCAAGACAAGCUCUGAAGAAAAAUGCGAAAUUCAUAGCAGCCCGGUUCGGAGACUCGAUGAAACCUUUCAACUCUAUUUCCAGAGGACACAUGCGAAGUACGAAUCGAAUCUACGGUCCAGAUGCUUUAGUCCACCUCGAUUAUCUCGAACUCAACGGCGACUUGCAAUGGCUACAACCUAUGGAUCAGGCCACAAUAGAUUACAAUACUUGGCCGCGGUUGCCUGAUGCGGGAAUACCAAAAGAAAACUUAGAUGCGCUUGUUGAGUCGGGGAGACGUGUUGGAAUCGAGUUUCCAAAAGCGUUCCUGACACUGAUGGCAUCGACAGAGCUUAUGGAACGCAUGUUCUUGGGUGGCGACUUCUUUUAUCUUGGCCUGUCCCUCAUCAAGUGUAAGCCCGAGGACGACAAUGAUGGCGGUGGAUACGUCGUUACUUUCCUGUCCGAUCAGCAAGGGUGCGGAUACUGGGCUCUCUACGUUACUCCUAGCGGGUACCAUUGUGUGUUAAACACACGUCAAGGGAUUGAUUGCUGGAAAUGCAUGUAUUCAGACGCAGAUGGAAGGUUGGCGGGUCCAUGGGAUGAUCAUCCGAAGUAUCAGGUCUAUGAAGGAGUUCCUAUUGCGUGUGACAAGCUUGACUUUGCGUUGGCACAUCCAAACUUCGAAGCUUGGCUGGCGAUGAACUAUUUUGAUGCCUGGUGUAGGUUGACCCUGGAAGCAGGGAGGGAGUUGGCAGGUUAUCAAAGAGAAUAUCUUGAGCAUUUUGGAGGGGUCCCCAGCAAUGAAGACGAAAAUAUAGAUAUUACUACAGGAUGAAUCCGUUGCAGAGGAUGUAUCCCUUAGCGCACUAGCAUGUCAUAUAUGAGAGUCAUCGGACAGGCAUUUCAUUCAUGAAAAGCAGGAGCUUGGGCUCGAUCAAUCUCAGGACUUUUAUCAGCCAUUGUUCUGUCACAAUAGCUCACAAGCAAUUUCGAUUCAGCA